AUGACUAUCGGAGAUAGGCAAAAAUGGACUGCGUCUAAUGUGCGUUCUACGUUUAUGGAGUUCUUCAAGCAGAGGGAGCACACGUUUGUCGCAUCCUCGCCAGUGAUCCCUUACGAUGAUCCUACGCUUCUGUUCGCGAAUGCUGGUAUGAACCAGUACAAACCCAUCUUUUUGGGUACUGUUGACCCCUCUUCCGACUAUUACAGCCUGAAGAGAGCAAUGAACUCGCAGAAAUGUAUUAGAGCCGGUGGUAAACACAACGACUUGGAAGACGUCGGCAGAGAUUCUUACCACCACACAUUUUUCGAAAUGCUUGGUAACUGGUCUUUUGGCGACUACUUCAAAAAGGACGCCAUCCAGUAUUCCUGGGAGUUACUCACCAAGGUGUAUGGAAUUCCUUCGGAAAGACUUUAUGUUACUUACUUCGAGGGUGACCAGAAGCAAGGUCUUGAACCAGAUCUUGAAGCGUUCGAGCUUUGGAAGUCGGUGGGCGUUUCCGAGGACCACAUCCUUCCAGGAAAUGCCAAAGACAACUUCUGGGAAAUGGGCGACCAAGGGCCUUGCGGUCCUUGUUCUGAGAUCCACUACGACCGUAUUGGAGGCAGAAAUGCUGCGUCCUUGGUCAACAUGGACGAUCCUAACGUCCUGGAGGUUUGGAAUAUCGUUUUCAUUCAAUACAACAGGGAGCAAAACGGUACCUUGAAAUCUUUGCCAAGUAAGCACAUCGACACAGGUAUGGGUUUCGAAAGACUGGUUUCCGUUUUGCAAGAUGUCAAGUCGAACUAUGACACAGACGUAUUCCAGCCAUUAUUCGCACGCAUCCAAGAAAUCACUGGUGCCAGACCUUAUGAAGGUAAGUUUGGUGCUGAGGACGCUGACGGAAUUGACACUGCUUACAGAGUGUUGGCUGACCACGUUCGUACGCUUACUUUCGCCUUAGCUGAUGGGGGUGUUCCUAAUAAUGAAGGUAGGGGCUACGUCUUGAGACGUAUCCUAAGAAGAGGUGCUCGUUAUGCCCGCAAAUAUAUGAACUACCCUAUUGGAAACUUUUUUUCGAGCUUGGCUCCAACUUUAAUUGACCAAAGCAAGGCUAUGUUUCCCGAAAUUAACAGAGACCCAAGCUAUCUGUUUGAAAUCCUGGAUGAAGAGGAAGCUUCUUUCGCAAAGACUCUUGACAGAGGCGAAAAACUCUUUGAGAAAUACGCUCAGGCUGCUGCUCAAACAAAAGACAAGACUUUGGACGGUUUGCAGGUGUGGAGACUCUACGACACUUAUGGUUUCCCUGUUGACCUGACAGAGCUAAUGGCCGAGGAAAAGGGCUUGAAAAUCGAUGGCCCCGGCUUCGAGAAGGCUAAACAAGAGUCUUAUGAAGCAUCUAAGAAAGGUGGCAAGAAGAGUGCCUCUGAUCUAAUCAAGCUGGAGGUGCAUGAACUCUCUACGCUGAACUCUGAGAACGUGCCCAAAACUGACGAUUCACCAAAGUAUGAAUCCGCUAACAUUGAGGCUAUCGUUUUGAGAAUCUUUGACGGCGAGAACUUUGUGGAUGAAAUCAGCGAAGUAGGUAAGCAGUAUGGUGUUAUCCUUGACUCCACAUGUUUCUACGCCGAGCAAGGUGGUCAAGAGUAUGACAUGGGUACGCUGGUCAUUGACGAUGUCGCAGAGUUCAGCGUAGAGAACGUUCAGCUGUACAAUGGUUAUGUUUUCCACACUGGUCAGCUUGGCGAAGGGAAGCUCUCUGUCGGCGACAAAGUUAUUGCAUCUUUUGAUGAACUUCGUCGUUUCCCUAUAAAAAACAACCAUACCGGUACCCACAUUUUGAAUUUCGCUCUUAAGGAGGUUUUGGGUAACGAUGUGGAUCAAAAGGGUUCUUUGGUUGCGCCAGAGAAAUUAAGGUUUGACUUCUCCCACAAGAAGGCCGUCGCGUUAGAUGAGCUCAAGGAAGUUGAGAGAAUCUGUAAUGAACAAAUUAAGGCUAACCUGCCCGUUUACUACAAAAACGUACCGCUCGAUUUGGCUCGCAAGAUUUCUUCCGUGCGUGCUGUGUUCGGUGAGACAUACCCUGAUCCCGUGCGUGUAGUCUCUGUUGGAAAACCAGUGGACGAUAUGCUGGUUGACCCAACCAGUGAGGAGUGGCAGAAGUACUCUGUUGAGUUCUGUGGUGGUACACACGUUUCGAAGACAGGCGAUAUCAAGGAGUUCGUGAUCAUUGAGGAGAGCGGCAUUGCGAAGGGUACUAGAAGAAUUGUUGCAGUUUCUGGAUCGGAAGCUUACGAGGUGCAGCGCAUUGCUAACAAGUUUGACUCAGACCUCAUUGCCGCAGAGAAAAUGCCAUUUUCUCCUUUGAAGGAAAAGAAACUCAAGGAGUUGGGUGUCGCGCUGGGCCAGCUCUCUAUAUCCGUGGUUACGAAGCAGGAGCUCAAGGACAAGUUUGCUAAAAUUGAAAAGGUCGUUAAGGAUGAAAUCAAGACCAGAGCCAAGAAAGAAAUUAAGCAGACUGUUGACGAGGUCAAGAACUACUUUGCCGAGAACCAAGAGGCUUCGUUUUUGGUUAAAUACAUCAACAUUCCAACAAACGCUAAAGCAAUUACAGAAGCGGUCAAUCACAUGAAAACAUCUGCCAAGGACAAAUCUAUUUAUCUUUUCACAGGUGACGAUAGAGUUGCUCAUGGUUGUUACAUUUCUGAUGUUGCUUUGGAAAAGGGCAUCGACGGCCGUGCUUUGCUGAACACAGUCUCUAGUAACAUCGGUGGCAAAGCUGGUGGUAAGGGCAAUGUUUUCCAAGGUGUUGGUGACAAGCCUGAAGGCAUUGAGACCGCCGUCAAAGAGGUUGAGAACCUUUUUAGAGAGAAACUGAAUAUCACUAAAUAG